ACUGCGAAAUUAUAUUUGCGAGUUGUACAGAUUAUUAUUUCGGGCGCAGUGAUUUCUACCUAGUAUCAAGGCAGACUAAAGGUGGCACUGGCCAAGUGUCAUUUCAACAAUGUGUAACCGAAAUAUGGUUGAUUGCAGAGAGGUUUUUUCAUGUUGAGAUGGAUCCUAUCGUGUUACAAAAACAGAUUCGUGAUAAUGCUCAGGAUGUACAAAAUUAUAUGUUGGAUUUAAAAAACUGGGAGGAAGAAAUGAAGAGGAAAGAACAACUAUUACGUGAAGAGUCAGCAGAUGACAAGGAUGCUGCUCCAGUCCGAUCUAAAGUAAAGCGAAGUUCAACAGGUACCCAUACAGGAACAGAAGAUAACAGGAAACAGGACAAACCUAAAAAAAUUCCUUCAUAUGAUUAUGCGGCUUGGGAUAAAUUUGAUGCUGAUAAAGCUUGUGAACUUGUAGAUAGGGAAAUGGAGUACAAAGUUGUAAAAGAUCAUAAAGGAAAGAAUUCAGAUAUUGCAAGUGAACAAAAGAUUAAAGAUGAAGCUUACUAUGAGAAAGAAAUGGGGAAUAAGUUCGUGAAACAACGGAAGUGGACUGAAGCAUUACAGUGUUACACAAGAGCUAUCGAACGGUACUCAUUUGAUGCCAUAUUCUAUGCAAAUCGGGCUUUGUGUCACCUUAAACUACACAACUACAAAGCAGGAGAGGCAGAUUGUACAAGGGCCUUGGAACUUGACCCAAAGUAUGUGAAGGCCUAUCUCCGACGUGUCACAGCCAGGCUAGAAUUGAAUCUUUUCCAAGAAGCCAGAUCAGAUCUUCAAAAUGUACUGGAGUUGGAACCAAGUAAUUCAUUUGCGGAAGGACAGUUGUCGAUGUUAGACCGUAAACUGGCUGAAAAUGAGAAGAAAAUGGAAGAUGAAGAAAAGGUCCUUCAUGAGAAAAACAGUAACACUAUUGUUAAUUCACUCAGUGGUACUGAUGAGAAUGAGAGUAAAAAUCUCCAUGGGCAGUACUUCGAAAGUCAGAAUGUUGUUCUUCCAGUGUUCAAGCCACCUCAUCUUCGUUCAAAGAAACCUCUUAAGCAUAUAGAAAUAAAAGAAGUAAUUGUUAAUAGUCUUAACGAAGAUAAAAAGGAACCACGGGUUGUUAGUGAGGACAAUACUUGCAUGAAUACAAUCCCUCAGACUGAAAACAAGGGCGAAGAUAAUAUACAAGAAGAGAAACUGCAUCCGCAAAAGAGAGCUGAUGAUUUUAAUGAAGGAGCUGACAUGCAGCUUCCUCCUGUUCCAGCGUCAUCUGUGCAGUUCAUAAGUGCCUGGAAUACAGUUAAAAGGAGACCAGGACAAAGAUUUCAUUAUUUGAAGCAAAUUCCUGGUGACAAAAUACCAAGUAUUUUCCGUGAGUCAAUGGAGAGCAAUACGUUGAGCGAGAUAAUAACAACACUGGUAGAAGAUUUUCUUCAACACAAAGCUGCUGUGUACCCUUACCUUAAAGGGCUGUCAGAAGUGAAAAGAUUUGGAGCUCUGACAAUGUUCCUAUCAAAGAGUGAUAAAUCAGGAUUGGAGAAAUUGCUGGUCUCAUGUGAAACAAAUAAGGAAUGCAGUGCAGAAGAAGCAGCUAACCUCAGAAACAAAUAUGAACUGUGAAAUAUUUAGCUUUUAGAAUGAGAUGUCAGAGAGAGAGAGAGAGAGAGAGAGAGAGAGAGAGUGGCAUGUGAAUAAAUAGACUCUGAAGUUUGGUGUUUCAGAAACAUGUAAAUAAGUUUGUAUGCUAUGUGUUUCUUUGUAUUUGUGAAGUAAAUAACUUUGUUACAUAAUGUAUUUUUCAUCACAAGAAUUUUCUCCACCAUUUAGUUUAAUGCUGACAGAAAAUUGUGAAACUUUAUGACUAAAAUCUCAGCACUUUGUUUUUUUUUUUUUUAAUUUAUUGUGAGAAAGGGAAGCAAUUUAAAUUUUAAUCAGAACACUUGGAUUAUUUGGUUGGUGCUCUGUAGCACAGCAAAUGUGUUAACAUUAAUCUUACUGGAUCCUUCCACAUUGCAUCACAUGUCACAAAGUGGUCAUGGAACUGAAAAGGGCUUUCAAGGUACAUCCACUCUUGAUGACAAAAUUGAUAUUUAUAUGAGGUCUAAUACACUUCCAGAAAGUAAAGAAAGUUGAGAAACUAGGAUGCCCAUCUGAAUAGUUCAGAAAGAUUUCCUGCUAUUUAGCUGGUGCCUUGUAUGGUGCAGUGCUAAUGACAUGUCAACCAAAGUUCACAGAAAAUUAAAAUAAAAAAAAUUAAAAAAAAAAACACAGAAACACUGUAUAUAUACUAUUACUGCUAACAACAUUGGAUGAGUUUCAGAAUAUCUUUGACUCCAUUUUCAUUAUAAUGGACUGCAUUACAUUACUUGUUAUAUGAUUUUAGGAUGCCACACACAACAUUUCAUAUGUUCACAUUGAUGCCAUUUACCAUUUAUCCCCAUAGCUUGUUCAUUUUUGGUAAUGUUUUUGACACCUGUUUCCAAAACCUGAUGAAUCAUUCCUAAUAACUGAAAAACCAGUCAUUGAAAUUGUGAAUUCAUGAUUGUAUCUGCAGUUAAGUAUGAACAUACUGAAGACUUACUUGAUUAAGUAUAUCAUUAUAAUGUUAUUGCUUUAAAUAUUGGCAGUGAUGGUACUUAAACUGAGUGUGUAAAAAAUGCCAGCAGCUCUUUCCAUAAUUGUUGAUAUCUUACACUAUUUGAAAUAACUCUAUGAUGGAGUGCAAUGAAUGAAGGUUGUGAUGAGGCCACCGGUGCUAGAAACUGUACUUCAAAAUCUUCAUGGAUUAUACAGGACUAGGUAUCGAUAAAUUGGGCAUAUAUGCUGUAUUUUUAACCAAUAUUUUAAAUGUUGCCUUGCAAAUAUUUUAAGUGAUAAUAGUUACAAUUCUGAAAAAAGGCUUGUAUAAACACUUAUAAUAUUCAGUAGACC